UGUAAAAAUUCAACAUGGACCCACCAUAUUCGGCCGGAGAGAGUGCUCGGGAGAGUUGUUUGGGUCUGUGGUGUACGGCUUGUCAAACGCACGCCUCGCCUAGCGACGAUGUGAUGCCGCCGAAGAGGAUCACCGUCGUCUGACAGUGCGCGGCUACAAGGUUCGCUUCGCAGACUCAGUGGCUUCGAGGAGAGUUGGGCAUCUCCUAUGAGUGUUUUCUCGGAUCUGAUCCUGUGCGGGGCAUAACGCGAUGGCUGGGCAGCAUCGGAAGCAACGUGGUUUACGAUGGUUCGUGCUCGCCGUGUCCUACGUGCUCAUCGGCGUCUCCAGCACCGUCAAAGGUGUGGGAGUAAGCUUUGCUGAAUUUCGAUUCCUGGAGGAGCCCUCAGACACCGUCGUCUCCAAGGAUGGCCCAGCACUGCUCAAUUGUUCCGCAGCAGGUGACCCAAAGCCCGCCGUUUCCUGGAAACGUGAGGGCACGCUGCUACACCUCAUCAACGACCCUAGGAGGUCCAUUCUGUCCAAUGGCUCCCUGCACUUUAGGAGUGUUCACCACACAAGAGCUGAACGCCCUGACGAAGGAGUCUACCAGUGUGUGGCUACCAUACCUAAUGUUGGUACUAUGCUCAGCAGGUCAGCAAAGCUUCAAGUGGCUGCUUUGCCACGGUUUGAUGAGCAGCCACGAGACCUCCGGCUGUUCCCGGGCCAGACGGCAUACUUCCCAUGUUCAGCAUUUGCCCUGCCUCCAGCGGAUGUAAUCUGGUUGAAGGACCAGCAGUCACUACAGCUGGACCCUGCACGCAUGCUGGUGCUACCCAGUGGUGCCCUGGAGCUUGAUGCUGUGCAGACAACUGAUGAAGGAGCCUACCAGUGCAGUGCCCACAACGCUGACCGUAACCGUGUCUCCUCUGCUGGAAACCUCUUUGUCAGCCUCUCCUAUGAUGAUGCAAACAAGAUAUCAGCACCAACCUUUGUGGCAGCACCAAAGAGCACUGUGGCUGUGAAGGGGUCAAACGUCACCCUUGACUGUGCAGCUAAUGGAAACCCACGGCCGAAUCUGACCUGGCUGAAAGAUGGUGUCACCAUUGACAUGUCACUUCUAGACAGUAGGUUCAGAAAAGUAGGCGUGGGAAGCUUACAGAUUGAGAGCAUCCAGGAAGCCGAUGAAGGCACAUACAUGUGCCGGGCUGAGAACCACGAAGAUUCAGUUGAUGCCAGUGCCGCCGUGGAAGUUCAAGUUCCUCCAAGGUUCACCAAGAAGCCGAAGAAUAAAGUUGCUUAUGGGAAAGAGGACAUUGAGUUCGAAUGUGAAGUGUACGGGAAGCCAGACCCAGUGGUGCAGUGGUAUCACAAUGGCGAGGCGAUCAUUCAGAGCGAGUACUUCCAAAUUGUCAAUGGCAACAGCCUCAGGAUAUUGGGAUUGGUUGAUGCAGACAAAGGCAUUUACCAGUGCUUCGGCUCUAACCCUGCUGGCAACAUACAGACUGCAGUUCAACUAAUUGUUUUGGACCCUGAGUCUCCUCGCCCUGCUACCCAUGCCACUUUCACUACCCCCUUGCUGGAAACCUCAGGCAAUCUGCAGAGGAGCAAAGAUGUCCCAUCGGCACCACGGGACGUGACAGCACGCCUUGUGUCGACGCGCUUUGCGACACUGUCGUGGAGCGUCCCCGAAAGAGUGGAAGGACACAUCUUGGCAUACUCCGUUUACUACAGGGAGGAAGGCUCCACACGGGAGCGUGUCCUGAACACCACGAGGCAGAGUCUAGAGGAGAUCAUCAUUCAGGGAUUGCGACCAUCUACGAAGUACUAUUUCCGCGUGGUUGCCUACAAUGAACACGGACCAGGCGAGAGCUCGCCAGAGCUAGAGGUGGAAACAAACCCUGAAGUGAGCAUUCCUGGGCCACCGCGCAGCUUGAAAGCCAUUCCAGUGUCACCCACGGCUAUACGUGUCUACUGGGAGGCACCAGAGAGCCGAAAGGAAGUUGUUCAGCACUACCAGCUCUCCUAUCAGGAGACUGGUACCACAGAGGACGAGGAGAAGCGGGUUACCACCACGGACACAUGGUAUCACCUGAGGAACCUGAAGAAGUACACAGAGUACAACAUUUGGAUCACAGCAGUCAAUCAGAAUGGCUCGGGCAUCAGCUCGGAGGAGACACUUGCACGAACCUUCUCGGAUGCGCCAUCUGACAUACCACAAAAUGUAACACUUGAAGCAGCCAGCUCCACUAGCAUUAUAAUUAGGUGGGAACCCCCACCAAAGGAGUCCCAGAAUGGCAUCAUAACAGGCUACAAGAUCAGAUACAAGCUGAAAGGCAGCCGAAGGGGAGACACCAUUACCACUGAUGGAAACCGGAGGCUGUACGCCCUGUCUGGACUGGAGAAAGGCGCCCAGUACAGUGUGAAAAUUGCAGCCCUAUCUGUGAAUGGUACAGGACCAGCCACGGAUUGGAUGACAGUGGAGACAUAUCAAAAUGAUCUUGAUGAGUCCCGAGUACCCGAUCAGCCAAGUGGACUGCGAGCGAAGCCAACAUCGACAAGCAUCUUUGUUAGUUGGGCACCUCCUCGAAAUCAGGACAUCAUGAUCCGUGGCUACACCAUUGGCUGGGGCAUAGGUCUGCCUGAUGUCUAUACCAAGGUUCUCAAUGGAAAGCAGCGCUACUACACCAUUGAAAACUUGCAACCUUCCAAUGAAUAUGUGAUCAGUGUAAGAGCAUUCAACCAGAUUGGCGAUGGCCAGCCUAUAUAUGAAACUGUCAAGACACUCAUUGAAUCAACCCCAGAGCCUCUGGUUCCAAUGUUGCCACCUGUAGGCCUAAAGGCUAUUGUGCUGUCACCUAACACUGUUGUGCUGUUCUGGAGUGACAGCACACUUGCCAGCAGCCAGGUGAUCACGGACAACCGAUUUUACACUGUGCGCUACAAGGGCCACGGACAGCCCAAGUACCGCUACUUCAACUCCACAAACCUCAACUGCAUGAUCGAUGACCUGCGGCCAAACACGCUCUACGAAUUCGCUGUGAAGGUCGUCAAGGGUCGCCGGGAAAGUGCCUAUAGUAUGGACGUCCUCAAUACUACACAGGAAGCAGCGCCUUCAAGUCCACCCCGAGACCUCACCGUUGUUCCAAGCGAGGAUGCUGCAACAACUGUAAACCUUCAUUGGCAGCCUCCAAAGCAGCAGAAUGGCAUGAUUACAGGUUACUUUAUCCUGUACACAGCUGACAACACACAGAAAGACAGAGACUGGGUCGUCGAAACUGUAGUCGGAGACCGCAUGACUGCUGUGAUCAGAGGCCUCACCACAGACACCACCUACCACUUCAAGAUCCAGGCCCGCAACAGCAAGGGCUACGGGCCGCUCUCAUCCGAGGUGGUCUACCACACAGGCAAGAGUUUAGAGCUUGCUUCUGGAGCUACUAUCAACGGUGGUGGGAUCUCGAACAACGUUCUCUACAUUGCAAUAGCAUCAGGCUUCACAGUCAUCCUACUUAUCCUUAUUGUAAUUUGCUACAUGAUGUGCCGACGACGGCAGGGGUACAUCGGUCCAGUGAAUAGUAAGACGUAUGCGAGUGCAAAGGGUGUAGCCGCCAAGGGGGGCAAGGGAGCGACCAAGGACCUGAAGCCACCCGACCUGUGGAUCCACCAUGAUCAGAUGGAACUCAAGGCCAUGGACAAGAGCAGCAACCCAGAGGCAGCCAUGACAGCCACCCCCAUCUCGCGCAACUCCCAGGAGAUCUCCGAGGAGCACAUCGGUACACUCGACAAGAAGAAGAAUUCUGGUGGUGGCUACAUGGACCAGUUAAGCAGCGACGAUAGUGGCAAAACUGAUAAGCCACUGUUGCCGAGAUCAUCACGCACUAAGCCCAUGAUGUUACCGCUUGACUCUCGGAAGUCGCUUCCUGAUUCUAGUAAAGCAUCCAUGGGACCAGCUGCUGUUUCCAAUGGCAGCAUGAACGCCGGCUUAGAAGGCAGCUCCAUUAACAUGGGCCGUCCCAUCUACCCAAGGACACAGUACAACAUACCCCGGGCUCAUGUGACCAUCGAUGCAAUGCAUCCAGGUCAUGAAGGUCCAAGUCCCCAGAAGGCAGGCCUCAUGGGCUGUGGGAACCCCACCUACGAGCCUGUCUUGAACCCGGGCAUGAGCCACCCUAGUAGCUCGGUCAUGGGGACGGGUCAGAUGCCAGCCUACAGCAACGCCUUGGUGGGUCCAGGGGGCGGGCCGCUGCUCUCACUAAGCUCGGCUCCUCCACUUGGCCCACCCCCCUCGGGGCCGCCACCCUCUGCAGUCGCCGAGACGACGGGAACACUGACCAAGCGGGUGCAUGCGGGGAAUCCCCUCAAGAGCUUCAGCGUGCCUGCACCACCCCCUCAAAGUGCGCCGUCUACACCCCAGCCAAAGCAUAUGGUAGUGCGGCCGCAGCAAGUAACCGGCAGCCCACACAAGAAAGCCUCUGUAGCCACGUCCACAUCAUCUGGGGGGCCUUCGAGCAAGCAGAGCCCUGGCCGACAGUCGGCACUCAAGUCCCGCGUGGUGGCCUCACCACGCAGCAUCAACAGGGAUGCAUCGUCUUCCACCUCCACCGCUCACACACCCAAGAAGGAGGAAGACUUGGCUUCGCCCUUCAACAAUGAAGAACUCACUCAAGAAAUGGCAAACCUCGAAGGCCUGAUGAAAGACCUCAAUGCAAUAACAGCAUCAGAGUUUGAGUGCUAAUUAAGCUACCGUCUAUGGUCAAGUUACUCCUAGUGGUGUGUACAUCAAGGACUUAAAAACAGUGGACUUAACAAGCAGACUGUGUUCAGCCACGAAGCUUCCUGAGGAAGGCAGCAGCAUCAUCACCUGUGGCACAGAAGACUGAGUCCGCAGUGUGUCAUACAAAGAAGCAUCUGAAAACUCACCAUCAGCCAUCUCGCGCGGGCUGUCCUGGAACACUGCCCCUUCAUCGCUCAUGUUAUGUUUCCUCAUAUCUUUUUUUUUUUUCUUUCUUUAAUGGUUGGCACAGAUGGCUGAAACUUUAGGACUUGUCACUGACCUGCGCCAUUGCUCGAGCCUAGUUUGCACUGUACAUAGUACUGCCGAGUACUACACAUUUUUAUAUGGCUGCAGUGCAACACUUUGAUGGCACUGCUGUGUGCCUGCGCGCACCAACUCAUCUUGACUGAAAGCGUCAUGUUCCCGGAACUGUUUGAGUCUCACUCUUCCCAGUGUUCAAGCACCAAUCAGUGAUGUGCUCGUUGCCUAGGGGUAGUACUCCCCUUUUCUUUCUAGCACUCAAUAUAUACAUAUAUAUAUAUAAUUUCAUCGUGCCAAAGGCCAGCCACUAGCCCUUAAAAGGGGUACAGACAUCAAUAUUUCAGCUCUCAUCUCUUCUUCUUCUUGUGAGAAUAGAAGUCCCACUGCUAUUCAUUGUGAUGAAUGUCAGAUUCUGAAGCAUUUGAAGACCGCUCAUCUUUAAACUUGUCGUAUCAAAUGCAUUAAGUCGCUUGAAGGCAAGCACCUGUAUGACGUCACAUCCAAGCCUCAUGGCUCGCAAGGCGUCACCACGGGCAUGAAAGUGUUACCUUAUUUCACAUUGAUUCACGAUCUCGAUGAACUAGCAAAUUUGCCGGUUUAUUUCCCACUGCUCCUAUAGCAUGCAAAUUUGUGCAGUCUGUGUGGAUCGCAACAGGAGACUGUGCAUGCCACAGCCUUUUUGCAGCUGUCAUGAGACGUUCAAGAACUGCAGAAGAGAAAACUAGAUUGUGCAAAAAAAAAAAUUAAAAAAAGCUUAAUCAACUAUGUGCGCAAUGUUAUAUUCCGCAUUGUAAUUCAUAACGAGUGACCCUGUGCAUACUACUUGAGGACACUAUUUCAGGAUGAAGAAAACAUUUCAUUUCAAAGAGAUGAAAAGUGCGGUGAAAAUUUUGAUGUCUCUGCUUCUUUAGGCAAAACUUGUGCCCAAGCGUGUUUGUGUGCUUCUUGUUUCCUUUUAUAUAUAUUAUAACGUAGCAGUAUUUUCUCGCAGCAGAAGAAAAUGCAAAUUCAGAAAUCUCAUUUACAUAGCAGGGUAUACUUGUGUUGUUUUGUUACUGAUGGUACAUUUUGUUCUGAAUUGACCAUUAUAGAAAUUUCUGUCAUUGAUGUGGGUACUUUUUACAUCUCUACAAGCUAUGUAAGUGCUAUAAGAUGCUGAAAGAUGCUGAAACAAGAAAGCUGCUUAGAAUUUUGGGAGGUAGGCACAAUAAUGUAAAGUUAUCCCACCUUUUGUUGGAAGGCAUUUACAAACAUUGUGUCUUGUAAAUAUAGGUUUCAUGAUAUUUGAGCUGACAAUACAUGCAAAUGCAAUUUUCUCUUACUACUACACCGCACAGCUUCUCCUCCACUUCCAAUGCAGGCACUCUUCGUAAACAAUUUCAAAAACCAUUCAGGUGAACUUUAUUGUUUUUGUUUGUCAUAGCAUUUGACAUGCUUUGUCAAAGCAUGACAUGCUUUGAUGCUUUGAUACUGCUUGGUUUUGUAGUUAUGAUUAACCUGCCUACAUACAGUUAACAUAAUCAGUGCCACUUCCACAAAACAGUGAGCAACAACAUGACUAGCACUAUAGUCACAAACUUUACCGCUGCAUUUGCUUUCUCAUCUGGAAAGCACUACACUUAGCUGUGGUAUUGCACAAUUGUAUACCAUGAAGUGUAACAUUAAUCUGGUGAUGAGAGUUCAAUCUCCAAACGUGACAUGAUUCAGCCAUUGUGUGUGCACAAAUUAACAUCACGGAAACAUAAAGCCUACUGAUGCACUUUGGAAUUUCUGGCAAUAUGCAUGCAGACUAACCCUGUAUUUUAAACAACUAAGGAAACACUGAUUUUAGUGUGUGUUUUUUCCCACAAUGUUGUCUUCUUUCAAUGUCACUGGUUCAGGUUUGGCUUCUAUUCAAAGCUGUUUCAGCCGCAAGCAAAGUCAUAAGUGUGUGUUGUUUUUUGUGCAGGAGCUACUAGUAGCAGAAACUGCUGUAAUAAAUGCACAUUCUUUCUAUUAUAGCGUAGUGUGCAUUAUACAUCACAGUUUCGAAAAGCUGAUUUGGUAGAGAUGGUUGUUGCAGAUAUUCAAACAGUAUGUGACACAAAUGGCACUGUCUAGUGGAAGGGUCUCAUGCUGGCUGCUAUCUUUUAUGUUUUCAUGUCCUGUACAAUUUUUUUUUUCUUAAACUCAGUAAGAGCAUUUUGUACAUGGUCAACCUGCCGCAACUACUUUCUGUCCUACAGAUGAGAACAUGCAUAUGCUUGCUUAUUUAGCUGAGGAUCACAUGUAUCGUUAGUAUAUCUGAAGUUUACCUUAUUUACCACAAAAAUGAGCUUGCAUAUAAUUCACCUCAAAAAUCAAUGUUUUUAACUUGAGCUAACAAAGAUUGCUCUGAAUUGACCAGUAAGAUUACCUGUGAGGUCCUUUAAUGGUGUUUGGUGUGCAACAGUGGCUCAGAUUCUAUGCAGUUAAUGCAUUUUAAUUGCAAAGAGACUAGAGUAAAAACUACCGUUGCACUUUGAUGUGUAUUACCUGCACCGAAAACUCAACAAAUUCGAAUACAAUAUGGGUGUAUAGGCUAUUCGCAAACUUUUGCCUUCAAGUGCUACUUCACUGCAGUGUGAGAUGUAUUGCCAUGAAGCUGCAACAUGCUUCAGCAGAGAGUAUCAGUUGAAACUGUUAUGACUGAGCAUACAAAUUGCUUACAUAGCUUUGCUUUGCAUUGAUAAAUGUAGAAAAAGUGUGAAAGUACUAUAUAUAUGGAUAUCUUUUAUUCCCUUUUGUGAGGCCUUUAAUCGGUGGUGCGAGUUACGUACGGGCCAGGGGAUAGAUUAUAAGGCAUAGAUAUGCGGUAUGUUACAGUAAGAAAAAUAAGGUGCGAGUGUGUGCUGAUUGAGAAGUUAAGGCAUUCUGCGCAGCUCAUUUGCCAUUGUUUGUGUUUUAUCAUGUGAACAUAAUAAUCAAACAGGCCCAAUAGCUUGACUCUUUAUGCAAGAGGGUCUCUUUUUCUGAUAUGCUAAAUUUUUUUUAUAUUUGUACUAAAUCUGUAUGAUGCAAGUAUGUGUGGAAGUUGCUGCUAUAAAUACUAGUUCAGUUUUAAAUCUCUUGCAGGGUUUCACUGCAAAAGUGGGGUCGUGUUUGUGUGUGGUGUACAGAAUUUAAAAUAAUGAAUGAAUUGUUGUGACUGUCCUGUUUUUCACUACUAUCAAAGAGUCAGUAUCAGUCAUAAUUUGUUAAAUUUUAAUGACUUUUAUACCUGCCUGCUAAUCAUGCUUCGUUGAUUCCUCUCACAGUAUGCAGCACACUUCAGUAUGUUGAUGAUGAUCACAAGUUUGUAAACAUGCAGCUCAAAUCCAGGAAGUUGUUAAUAAUGUAAGGAUGAUUUGUCACUUAGUUCCCGGUCACAGUUUGUUGCUUUUGUAUAUAUGUAAGCGUUACAUGUAUGGUUUAUAGAUCUGCUUUAGUCUGUUUGCUGUGCCAUUUAUAGAUAGUGAAUGCAAUGGGGUGCUUACUGUUUUUUUUUUUUAAUUUUAUUUUACAAUGUUUGUGAUUUCUGUAAACAAAUAUUUCUUUAUGUACAAUUUGUCGAGAUAUAUGAAAUAUAUCACAUACUGUCCUGCA